AUGUCAACAACGCUAUCUGAUGAACAAAAGAAAAGAAUAGUAGAACAAAAUAGGGCUAAAAAUCUAGCAAGAUUAAAGAAAACAAGGAAACAUCAAAAUGAUAACGAGUCACCAAAUUUAAUGAAAAUGAAAGUUCCCAAAAAGGUUGCAGACACAACCCCAAAGGGAGUAAUGAGUCAACUACUAACACCAUCACAAACCGCGUUUAAGUCAAAAUUUGUACAGUUUAAUGAAGAUAACUCCAUAAAAAGAUCUAAAACUCAAGAAGAAAGAAAUAGAGUAGAGCAAAAUAGACUAAGAGCAAUAGAAAUUCAACAAAAUAAACUACGAGAGAAAGAAAAACCCAAAAAUUCUGCAACAAAUUUCACCGACUCAUCAACUCCAAAACAGACAACUUCAUUAGAUGAUAUAAGACUAAAUAAAAAUAACUCAGAUUUUGUAUUUGACUCCAAAAAGGGUAAAUUUCAACCACCACCAAUAAAGAAAAAAGAUUAUAUAGAAUAUGAUUUUGCAACAAUGCAAGAUACAAAAGGUGGAUUUAUAAAUGAUGAAACAAAACCACGUCAUGAUGAAGAAACAUUAAGUGAAUGGAAAGAAAAACAAAAACAAUUGGAAAAAUUGAAACAAUCUGCACCUCCAAUAGAUAUAGAAUCAGCACCAAAAUGUUAUGAAUGUGGAUCAUUAGAUAUAGACUUAAAUUUAUUUUCAAAUUUUAAUAAAGUAAGAGCAUGUAGGAAAUGUGUUAAAUCAAUGCCUGAAAAAUAUUCUUUAUUAGUGAAAACAGAAUGUAAAGAAGAUUAUUUAUUAACAGAACCAGAAUUACAAGAUUUAUCCAUCCUACCAAGAAUUGAAAAACCAAAUCCACAUGGAUAUUCCAAGAUGCAAUUAUUCCUAAGGUUUCAAGUUGAAGAAUUUGCAUUUAAGAAAUGGGGAUCAUCUGAAGGAUUAGAUUUAGAGUGGGAAAAAAGAGAGCAGAAUAAACUUAAACGAAAAGAAAAGAGAUAUCAAGAUUCUUUAAAGGAAAUGAGAAAAAAGACAAGAGCUGAAGAAUUUACGAGAAAAUUAAGAGAUGGUAAAUCCUUGAAUUAUAAACAUGUUCAUGAUUGGAGUGCACCUUUGAAAAUCGAUGAUCAUACGAUAAAGAGAAGAUGCAUAGAUUGUGGUAUUGAAAUUGAAGAAGUAGUUAUUUAA